AUGAAGCUGAUUCUAUCUACUGGUAAUAUUAUGCAAGAUGGCAGGCCGUCUGUCGUUAGACACCCGCUUAUGCAAAAAUCCAACGUCGAGUUGAUCAGUUCUCUCCGCGCAAAUUUCCUUGCUUCACAACAUAUCGAAUCCAACGGCGCAGAGCCCCAUGCGAACGGAAACGGAAACGGAAACGGAAACAGGAACGGAUUCUCAAACGGUACAUCAAAUGGAUCGCAUUCUAAAGACUAUCGAUCAUGGACCGGCGAACAACCCGAUGGCUCCCUUUAUAUCCCCGCAAUCGACUUUUCCCAGCACGGACUAAGCGAAGAACGCCCCCAAUACGAUAUCACAGUUAAAUUAUUCUAUCUACCGGGGAUUCCGGCAUCACGACGAUGCGCACAUACAACGGAAGCCAUUGAUCUGGUAUUGAAGGAACUUAAUGUGGAUUCUAUUGAUCUACUCAUUGUAUCGUUUCCGGGUCUUCUCUUCGACGCAGACGAUGAUAGCGAUGAGGAAGAAGCCAGUGUUACAGGCGAACCAGAUGACUUCGAUAGUAUGGUGCAAACAUGGCGGGUGCUGGAAUCGUUACAUGAACAGGGUAUGAUUGCUCAGCUGGGCGUGGCGGAGUUUGGAAGCGAACGGUUGGCACGUUUCUUGCCGCAUACGAAGGUUAAGCCUUCGGUUGAUCAGAUCAACCUUAAGGAUUGCUGCGUUGUUCCUAAGUCGUUGAUUCUGUAUGCCAAGUCUGAGAAGAUUCAGCUCUUAACGCAUAAUGACUGCAAUGAUAUUUUGCCUGUUGGGACGACGAGGGAGCUUCUGGGUCCGAGCGAUAAGGGCGCGGGGAUUCUGGCUUCUGCGCCUGAGGCUGGGGAUGGUAUUCAGGGCGAUGUUGAGCCUCAGUGGGUCGUCAAGUACACUGCUGUCGUGAAGGAUCGCGGUGUGGUUGAGAAUAAGGGAUAUUUUGCCCUGGCAGAUAUUGGGAACUGUGUCAUGUCUCGGCAGUGA